AUGGGAGUCACUGUGGAUGUGCACCAAGUGUACAGAUAUCCAUUUGAGCAAGUAGUGUCCAGCUUCCUCAGAAAGUACCCUAAUUCCAUGGAUAAAAAUGUGAUUGCUGUGAGAAUUGUGGAAGAACGAACAGAUGCCUCAACAGGGAUCAUCUACAGAAAGAGGAUUGCAGUCUGUCAGAAUGUAAUUCCAGAAAUUUUAAGAAAGGUGAGCAUUUUAAAAGUGCCAAAUAUCCUGUUAGAAGAGGAAUCGUGGCUCAAUCCUCAAGAAAGAAAUAUGAUUAUAAGAAGUCACUGUUUAACUUGGACUCAAUAUGCAUCCAUGAAUGAAGAUUCUGUCUUCAGGGAAAGCUUGGAAAAUCCAAAUUGGUAA